AUGACGCGGUCGCUCUCCGCCUGCGCCCAGUCCGGCGACGUGGCGGGGGCCGAGGAGAUCCUCACGAGGACCACCCUCGUGCUGAUGGAGAUGCCGUGGCGCGACGCGCAUGGUGCAGGCUCGAGCGAGUUCAAGGCGCUCGAGGGCAUGCUGGGGCCCAGGACUUCGACGGCGCCAGCCCCACCCAAGGAGCAGUGGCUCGAGGUUGCCAUCUCGGCCAGCCGUGCAGAAGCCCACCUUGGGGCGACGGUCGCUCGCGAAAGGGAGGCGGAAGCAUGGCACAACGAGUGCAAGGAAGCCACGGCCACUGCCCUCGGCCAGGCCUGCGACGCGAAGGUGGCGUGGCGGCAGGAGCUCGCCCGAGGGUCAGCAUUGGGUCAGGACGGCAGCAGCGGCGACUCCACGUCGGCGGUCGGCUCGCGACCAGACGAGGCGGCGGGCAACCAGAUCACGUCGUCCGAGUUGCUGGACCGCGAGGGCGCCGACGUGAUCGAGAUCAUCGACAGCGAGGUGUUGGACGUGGGCUCGCUGGACGUUGGCGACAAGUUGGAGAUCAAGGCAGCGGUGGUCGCGGCGAUCGGGCCGAGCGCCGAGAACACCCAGAAGCUACGUUUGGAGGCAGCAGAGCUGUGGCAGCGCAUGGCAGCCAAACGUCGCAGGCGCGACGAAGGCGAGGCCGCGGAAGGGGGGUCGGCGCCCGCGGGGAGUAACGACGACUUCGGUGACCACCAGUGCUUCAGUGGCGCCGACUUCGUGCAGGCCAGGCGUAAGAGCGCAAGUACCAGGUGCGCCGCGCCCCGACGCGCGCGCGGUCGCGGGGGCCGCGCGACGGCACGGCCCUCGACGCGCCAGUCGGCCCUCGACGCGCCGCCGCUGCCGCUGGCCGUGGAAGGCCCGGCAGGCCAGGUGGGCGGCAGCAUCGCGGCCGAGACCGUGGAGCCCCGCGAGGAGCCGGGCCCUGGGCCCAGCGCUCGGCUGAGGGUCCGGGGCGCUUGCCGUGAGUUCUCGGGGGAGGCCCCCUCCGAGGCCGAGCCGGCCGCCCCCGCGGGCGGCCGGGUGCAUGACGGACAGGCUCCGCAGACGACCGAGGCGGAGCCUGGGCCUGCCAACGUGGCUUACUUGGAGACGCUCCCGGGCAAGCUGGACCUCCGCCUCCGCGAGGGCGCCCUCGAGGGAAGGCAACGCUCGACGGGCGCCGAGAGUGCAUGCUCCUUGCAGCGCUUCAUGCGCGUGCUGUCGGCCACGGGGAAGGCGAGGCCUCUGUACCCUUGCAUCGCUCGGCAGUCGGGGGUGCCGACUGCCGAGCACACUGACGCUUCAGCGGCUGGCGACAGCCACUGGUUGGCCGUGGCGACCAGCUUGAUCGCCUGCCUCGUCCUGGCCUGGCGCGCUCUCUCGGGCCCGGCCCGGCUCUCCGAGGGAGCGGCCCGCUCGCCCGCGGCCGGCGCGCUCAGCACCGCCGCGCAGGACUACCCCGACCUGGGGAUACCUCAGCACCCGCACCUGGAGAUGGCCAUGGACCCUCCCACGGGCCUUCACUGGAGCAACCCACGCGAGCCCUAUACCUUCGAGAACGACUUGUGCACGGGCACCUACAUGGUCUUCCAUCCGCCGACGUGCGCCAGCUCCGAGGGGUCGGGUAGCCUGAACUACCGGGACUACUUUAAGGGCAAAAAGCGGAUGUGGGAGUUGAGGGUAUCUCUUCGCUUCAAGCGGCCGCCGCCAACAGAUGACAUGUUCUUCGGAAUAGAGCUGGAGAGCUUCGUGCCCAUGAGCGAAGGCACCAAGCGAGUUGCUUGUGUUGCGGUCGCGGCGCUUCGCAAGGUCGCGGGCACGGUGUAUCAGUCGUUUGGAGACGACCCCGCCGUCGCCCAGGGCGAGUGCGAGAGGCCCACCUGCGUGCUGCCCCUGUGGGCCUUCGACCAGUUCGUGGAGACGCCCGAGGGCGACGAGCCUCCCAGCCUGACGGACGUCCGCUUCCCCGGGAUGGGCCACCGGCGGCACCAGCGCGUCGGCGAGUAUGCCCAGGAGGUGGAGGCUCUCAGGCGAAGCUUCCGCGUCGGCCCCACUUACACGUUCGCCCUGUGGGGUCCGACGCGGUUCCUGGACGCGAUCAAUUGGCGGCUCGUCGGCAUCUCCCUGGUGACGCCGCUCGACUUCGACACGCUCGCCGGCGCGCCCCCCGUGCACGCGGUGCUCUACGCGAUGCGCCCGUGCGACGGCUCCCAGGAGAGCCGGCAUCUGGUCUCGCGGAAGCAGUACCUCUUCCGCGCCGCGAUCUGGAGCUCGACCAGGAGGCCCUGCCGGGAGCGCUUCGAGUCGCUGACGGGGGCGAAGCUGGCCUGCGACGGGGGCGGCGCCGCGAAGCCGUGCACGGGGGAGCAGCGGCUGCGCCGGAAGUUGGGCAGGAUGAGGAAGGCCAUCGCAGCUGCCGCGACGGGCUCCGUAUACUGUUGCAUGGCCACCGCGCGGAAGGACGCGAGCCUCGCGGCGGACCUGUAGGACGGGGCGCGCCGCGCGGGCCGCGGGCCUGAGCGGCCUGGGCCAUGUCCGACAAAUUCGCGUUGUAUGCGUGGAGGCACUGUUUAAACGCGUGCCUCCUUCAUCCUCCCUCAUGUUUCCUC